AGACAUUUGAUAAAUUUUUUAACAAUAAACAACGUCUGAGCACGUUAUAACUCAUUAAAAAAAUCAGUGUCUUUUAUUUACAAAGUUCAAAAUCAAAUGGAUCAAAUAAUAUCUACUCUGUACUUUGAUUCAGGUGGACAAAAUGGAUAUAAAAUUGGAGUAGGGGGCGGAUAUGGCGCCCACUCUGGUAUACACAGUCCACAACACAGUGGAGUUGGUGGUGGAUUUGGUGGCCACAAUUCUGGAUACGGUGGACAUAAUGGAUAUAAAAUUGGAGUUGGUGGUGGAUAUGGUGGCCUCAAUUCUGGAUAUAGACCACAUCGCAUUGGUGUGGGGGGUGGUUAUGGUGGCCACUCGGGCGGAUACGGUAGUGUCGAAACUCACGGAUACUAAUAUUUAAGCUUCAGUGCUUAUAUGUUUACUAUAAAAUAUUAAACAAAUCUGAACAAAUGAAACAA